UUACUGAAUGAGGUGAUUCGACCGUUGCGACGAAGCGAUAAGAGUGGAGGAUGGAAUGUGUUGGUGGUGGAUCGUUUGGCGAUGAGGAUGCUGAGUGCUUGUUGUAAGAUGCACGAUAUCAUGGACGAAGGCAUCACCAUCGUCGAGGACAUCAACAAACGCAGAGAACCGCUCACGGUUUGCGCCUUUCCUCACUUCUUAUCAGCAGUAUCAUUCAUUGGUCAACUGAAAGCAACACUGAACCGAUAUUAA